AUGACACUAACUAAUGAAAGCCAUCCUGAAGAGUUCAUUCUACUUGGCUUUGCUGACUGUUCUUGGCUGGAGCUCCCUCUGUUCAUUAUUCUUCUGGUAACAUACCCAAUGGCCAUGAUAGGAAACAUCACCAUCAUUUUGGUGUCCAAGUUAGACCCACAUCUCCAUAGCCCCAUGUAUUUCUUCCUCACUAACCUCUCCUUUCUGGACAUGUGCUACACCACAAGUAUUGUGCCUCAGAUGCUGUUUAGCCUGGGAAGCUCCACAAAGACCAUCAGCUAUACAAGGUGUGUAGUUCAGCUCUAUGUCUUCAGUAUAAUGGGGGGCACAGAAUGUCUUCUCCUGGCUAUUAUGUCCUUUGAUCGCUAUGUGGCCAUCUGCAGACCUCUGCACUACACCCUCAUCAUGAAUCAGUGUGUCUGUAUCCUCUUAGCAUCUGUUGUGUGGCUGACUGGAAUGAUUUAUGCAAUCUCUGAAGCUUCUCUUACACUGAAGUUGCCACUAUGUGGAACCAAUAAACUGGAUCACUUGGUGUGUGAGAUUCCAGUUCUGAUAAAGACUGCCUGUGGUGAAAAGGAGGCCAAUGAGCUUGCACUGUCUAUGGCAUGCAUUUUUAUAUUAGCUGUUCCCCUGUGCUUAGUACUUGCUUCCUAUGCUAGUAUUGGACGUGCUAUACUUAAGAUCAAAUCUUCUGCAGGAAGGAAAAAGGCCUUUGGAACAUGUUCCUCUCAUCUCAUUGUAGUUCUUUUAUUUUACGGCCCAGCCAUUAGCAUGUACCUUCAGCCCCCCUCUUCCAUCACAAGGGACCAGCCCAAGUUCAUGGCUCUCUUCUAUGGAGUAGUGACUCCCACACUCAACCCCUUCAUCUAUACCCUGCGGAAUAAGGAUGUAAAGAUGGCCUUAGGAAAGCUCAUGAGGAAUAUUUUCGAUUCCAAGAGGCAGUGA